AUGGUGCCGCAUUGUUCGAUCCCCGCCAAGCCCUUGGUGGCUCAGUCGCCUGUGAAGCCAGAGUUCCUCAGCCUCACCACGGCAGCCGAGAAUCUGCUUUAUGUGACUCCCUCGGGUGGCAUCGGAAACGUCAAUAAGCCUGAGUCGCGAGGAUCUUUUAAUCCUCUUUCUACCGGCAAAGUUCUUAAGCUUCCUUGGAAGAAGCCCAAACUUUUUCCUACGAAGGGCCCGCUGUCCAUCUGCCCAACUUCACCCACGUCACCACAGUCAGAUUGGCCGGGUUGCCAAACGGUCACCGAGUCCGGCAGUGAAGAAAACCACACCUCGUCAAGGUUGAUGUAUGAGCACACAUCAAUGAUGAUCGAAACCGCUUGCUCGUGGAAUCCCAAGUCUCCCUCCGAGUACAACUUCCCGCCCCUUGGCCAGACCGCCUCACUGCCUCCUGCUUCCCGCCUCAAAAAUCACCAAUCUAUGGCCUCCAUUGUGACUACCCAACCUAAAACCCAUUCAGUGACCAGCAGCCGGGGACCACUUCUCUCAUCAUCAGUGAGCCACGCCUCACGCUUUCCCGGCGAAAGGAUCUCCUCAAAGCCGCACGACGAUGAGCCGACAGGGCCACAAUCUCAGGCGGAUUUCUCCUCGCAAUCAUCAUGUUCCAAUGAGGCUUCUACUACGUCUAACAGCGAUCUAUGGGACGUUUUGCCAGAAAUUUCUUUGACUCACACUCGAUUCGCUGAUCAUUUGGCAAAUGUGAAGAUUGCCGAGGCGGAGACCAUGCGAAAUCUGUUAUCUCCGUCGUCAUCCCUUAGCCGAACGCGCCCAGCUCUCAAGACAAAGGGGUCCGGCUAUAGCAGAGCGAAGAGUGUUGAUGUCCCGGGUCGUGCCAAAGGUUCGGGAAGUCUCAAGAGGUACCCAGAUCCACCCGCCAAAGCUCAGUUUCCUGCUCUCGUACCAGGAACCGAUGGCGUUGCCACGCCGCCCUGUCUAACUGAAGCAGUUCCGCGCCAAAAUGUGGCACAACGAUCCCAAAGCCAAGGCCCUGACCCGCGAACUCUUCGCUCUGCGUCCGACAACAGUGUUGAGGCGGCUUGGGAUAACUAUCGCUCAUCAUUCGAUGGAGAAGAUUGCACCAACAGUCAUACGGCACCCAUUUCACUUUCCGACCUUGUUCUUGAUCGGGAUGGUUUCUUAGUAGUAAUGCCACCAGGUCCCCCUCCGGCCACCCCACAAACCGAGGAGAACGUCCACAUUUACCACAAUUUGACUCCACACGCUACUAAAUCGCCUCCAAGCUCUCCAGUCAAGUACCUGGACCUAAUCAAUUCAGCUGCCGCAAGCGCUGGAGCGAAAGCGAGAGGUCGAAGGCGAACUCGCGUCGUGGCUUCUGCUGUGGACGAUGGAUCAGCAGCCGUGCAUUAUUCGGCCAGCCAUACCAGGAUGAAUAGCAAUUGCAGCGUUGAGAGUAGCUGUUGCAGCAAUGACAGCCUUGUCUAUGGUGGAGUUGAUCGUAAAUCCUACCCAUCUGAUUCCUCUGCGGCUUCCUCAAUGCGGUCACCUACAUCCCUGAAAUCGGUCGAGGAAAUAAACCAAGAAUCCACCCCGGAUGACCACCGAAGCAACACCGAAGCAAGCCCACCCGAUGAAGUUUCUGAAGGUUUAGAUCUAGAUGACGAACUUGAAGGGGUAAAACUGAUGAUUGGUUCCAGAGCAGUUUGCCCCAAGUAUCCGUUACAACAUCUCCAAUAUCGGCAAUUGCAACCAAAGUCACCGCAAGCAUUGUUACCGCCAAUCUUACUCACGCCGUCAUCUCCACCGGGAACUAAGCCAAGCCAACUGCCAGCCCCAAACAGUUCUUCCCUCGGACAAAUUUUGGGAUUUUACCAACAGGACUCGGUAGCGGGAAGUCAGAGUUCAACGGAUUGUACUACUCCAGCAGAAAUCGGCACCGCCAUCUGA